AUGAAGGCGUCUAUGUUCCUCCUCGGCGCUAGCGCCAUCUUGGCUUCGGCCAGCCCUGUUCGAAAUGCUCUCGAGAAGAGAGAGAUUGAGAAGCGAGAGAUGAAGACCGAGUGGGUCUACGAAGUUGUUACCGUCACUGUUGUUGCUGGCGAGGAGCCCGAGAUCACUGCUCCUGCGGCCACAAAGCCCACUGACGUUGUGUUUAUGGAAGCUCCCGCUCCCAAGUACACAGCUCCUUCAACCCCCAAAGAGGCUGCGAAGCCCAAGAAAGUUAAGAAGCCUGCCAGCAAGCCCUCAACCACGGCAGAGGCCCCCAAGGUUACGGUCGUUACUGUCGAGCCCCAGCCUGAGCCUACUAAGGAGACCGUCUAUGAGUCUCCCGCACCCGUCGUCGAGAAACCCAAGACUACCAUGUCAAAGGUUGUCGCUAAGCCUACCAAGGUUGCUGAGCCCGAGGUUGAGGUCCCUGCUAGCGGCGGUGAUGACCUCUCCCUGGAUGGUGCCUAUAACACUGUUAUGCUCGCCUACCACAACAUCCACCGUCUUAACCACUCUGCCUCUGCCCUUGAGUGGGAUGAUGAGCUCGCCGGCUACGCUGAGAACACCGCCAACGGUUGUGUUUUCGAGCACGAUAUGAACCAAGGCAAUGGCGGCUACGGCCAGAACCUCGCUUCAUGGGGUGCCACAAGCGACAUUGAUGGCCUCAAGAACAAGGCUGCUGCUGGUGGUAUUACCAACCAGUGGUACAACAACGAGAUGGCCAACUGGGCUUUCUACGGCCAGGAGAACCCUCCUGCUGAUAUGAACAUUGACCUCUAUGGUCACUUCACUCAGGUUGUGUGGAAGGACUCCACCAAGGUUGGCUGCGCCACUGUCAAGUGCCCUGCAGGAACUGUUCUCAGCUUCCCCUCCUGGUACACCGUGUGCAACUACAACCCUCAGGGUAACUUUGGCGGCCGUUACGGCGACAACGUCCUCAAGCCCAAGGGCGAGAAGCGCGUUACUGUCUAA